GCACGAUCGACGAGGCUCGGACGGACAGCGAGGACGACAGCAGCAGCAGCGGCGGCAGCGGCAGCCUCAGCGGCUCGGACGACACGAGCAGCGACCUCAGCGAGGAGGACGACGACGAUGACGAGGAGGACGAGGAUGGUGACGACAAGCAGGUCAAGCACAACGACAACUCGUCGGUGGAGUACGGCGACACGGACGGCACCACGGCGUCGUACUCGAGUCUGGAGGACGAGGAGGCCGAGCCCGAGACGGGCACCGGGCUAGGCCUCGGCCUCGGCCUGGAGCUGCACCUCGCCAACGACAACGAGGAUGCAGGCAACGGCAAUGAGGU